CGCCGUCCAUUGCGGUCUGUCGAAGCGUCGUCUCGGUAAAUUGCGGGCGGGCUCCGCGUAAAUGAAACGACCAAACGGCAAUGGGCCUCCGGCUCGCCGGCGGGUUAGGGCGCGCGCACGCCGGAGCCUGCCGCCGGUGCUGGCUCUCUAGCGGUGCCACUCUGAAACGGAUCGCCGGACUCGCCGGAUUGGAGGAUGUCCCCGCAGAGCCCCGCAGAGUGCCGUGCUCGUGCCCGGUGACGAUGAAGUUACGUCCGGCCUUUGCGCACAACGCGCUUGCUUACGCGCGCGCCGGGCGCAGAGACGUACUAACACGCACACACACUGGCAUGCACGUGCUAACAAGAGACAAAAGGUCACCCGCGGAGCUUUAAAGGACUCUAGGAGCAAGUGCUGGUUAGCGAGCACCUAUGAAGGCUGGCACGGCACACGAAGGGGGUGGGUGGCCAGCACCGUGCCAUACUUGUACACGCGCGGACGCAUGCGUGCACACUAACCCACGCACGCUUGCCGGACUUUCCGUUUUCAAGACGGCGAAAAAAAUCCGUCCUAAUGCUCAGUACGGUGACUCUUACGAUUUGCGCCUUCGAUAGUGCUGUUUGUUGCUGGCCAAUUGUUGUUCGGGACCUUUGGGCCAGGAUAAAAGUGGUUUGUGAUGUUGCACAAUGAACGGUUGCAAACCUUGGACCGGUUUCAACUCCUAGAUAUCUGCAGAAGGGUGUGGCCCAUUAAACCUGCUGCCAGGCAUAAAAGUAGCAUUGACAAAUUUAAUAAUCCCCCCCCCCCAACCACCCACAUCCCCCCCACCCAUCUGCUUCUUGGCAGCCUCGAAUCGUUGGUGGAAAGUCCACGUUGCUAUGGCAGGAAGCCGUGCGUCUGUCUGUAAACGCAAGCGUUUUUGACUUGGGUCGAAGUAACUCUUCCCGUUUUAGGAACCGCAAGAAGGAUGGCCGUGAUGAUUUGCCGUGUCUAUCACCGACCAGGGAUUGAGCUCUUAUCCUGAGCCAGAGUUGGCUGUGCUGGGGAGGGCGAACGAGCGCCUGUGACGUCAUCGCGAGGACGCACGUGAGCAGCGACGCCACACGAGAGAGAAGGGCCUGUUGAGGGGGGCCGUUGAAGGGGGGGGGGGGAGCUCAAGGGGGGAGGGGAGCUCAAGGGGGGGGGGAGGAGGAGGGGGGGGGGGCCCACGCACACAUCGGAGCCGGCGUGACCCUGGCGACUCAACGGCGGGGCUCGCAGCACCCGCGGAAUUCCGCGGCAACGACGCUGCGGCUGUAGGAGCAAGCGACCGGCGGAAAUCCGUGGCAGCAGGAAGCUCCGCGGUGGACUUUCCUUGCCCGGUUGCGGCGGGACGGGACCGAGGACACGAGCGUGGCGCGACCUACCCUCGCGGCGACAGAGCGGAGCUCCGGGGGGGGGUGACUCGACGACUCGGGCGUUUUCCCGCAGCGAUACGGCCUUGCCGCAACCGUCGUUGGUUCCGCGACCCCCGCGGUCGGCUCGGCCGUCGCUCCGGAGCGAGCGACGAUGCAGCAGAGCGACCUGGACGAGAAGCUGAAGCGCUCGCUGCUCAAGGCGGCGGCGGGCGGCGGCGACCCGAGCCAGGUGCUGGCGGUGGUGACGGCCGCCGACGUGGCGCUGCAUCACCUGCAGCAGCAGCAGCAGCAGCAACAGCAGCAGCAACAGCAGCAGCAGCAGCACCACCAGCACCUGCAGCACGCUCACCAGCACGCACAGCAGCAGCAGCAGCAGCACACGGCGGCAGCGCUCAUGAGCAUGGCCGGCACGGGCGCGGCGGCGGCAGCGCAGGCUGUGUUCCUGCCAUCGCUGCUCGAGGUACGGCACGGCAGCAGCAGCUACGGCACGUGUCUCACCUCACACUUGCCCCUGCCGCUGCAGCUGCGCAAGGACGUGCUCCUGGGCGAGGGCGAGGCGCCGGUGUUCCGUACCGGCGUGAGCCGCGUCGCCGAUGAGAUGCUGGCGGCGGCCGCUGCCGCCGCCGCCGCCGCCACCUCCCGCGAUGUUGCCAUGUGCUUCACCGCCGCCCCUACGUCGACCACCAGCUCCUUGCUGGGCGACGACAGCAAGGGGGGCGACAAGUCCCGGGAGGACUCGGCCCGGCAUCACCAGCAGCAGCAGCACCAGGGCGGCCACUCGCACCACCCGGUGGCGCAGCUUGGCUCUCACCUCAACCCCGCUCACCUUCACCACCACCAGCAGCACCACCAGCAUCACCUGCAGCAGCAGCAGCAACAGCAGCAGCAACAACACCAUCACCAGCAGCAGCAGCAGCACCAUCAGCAGCAGCAACAACAUCAGCAGCAGCAACAGCAGCAAGCCUCGCCGCAUCUGCCGCAUCACCACCACGUGCACCACCACCACCACGGCGACGGCGCGGUGCUGCACCACCCGGGCGCCGGCGGGAUGCACGGCCUGACAUACGCCACGAGCAGGGACCUGCGCGAGGCCUACGGAGACGCCUUCCCCUUCCUCGACAUGAAGCUUGCAAUAAAGCAGGAGGCCGAGGCUGUCCCAGGCUGUGGAGAUGGUGAGCUGCGGCAGCAGCAACAGCAGAACUUUGAGCAGCAGCAGCAGUCGGUGCCGAAGAAGAAGAAGGCGAAACGCAAGCCCAGCGCCGCUACCAAGACGCUGGGCCUGGAGGCGGAUGGCACGGCAGUGCUCACGCACCCGCGCCCGUACGCGUGCGACCGCUGCAGCGCGGCCUUCCGCACCAACUACCACCUGCAGAGGCACUUGCAGUCUCACACCGGUGAGCACACAACGAUCGGCCUGGGUCCGUCUGGCACCUCCGCUCUUCCACUACCGAGCGAUGCGUCGUCAAAGAAUCUGCCGUCAAUCAUCUGCAGCCUGCCCCCAUCACCAUUGGCCGUUCCCGAUCGCCCAUGCCUGCGCGCUUGUGAACGGCCGUACCAGUGUAGCACGUGUAGCAUGAGUUUUGUUCAAAAGUACCUGCUCCAAAGACACGAGAAGAUUCACAGUGGUGAAACUGCAGGAAGGUCAAACUGCGGACUGAGUCAAAACGCGCAGAGGUGGUGCGGAGUGAGAGGCGAGAAGCCCUUCCCGUGCGACCAGUGCAACAUGCGCUUCAUCCAGAAGUACCACCUGGACCGGCACAAGCGCACGCACAGCGGAGAGAAGCCCUACAAGUGUGAGUUCUGCCUGCAGUGCUUCGCCCGUUCGGACCGGCUGCUCAAACACCGGCGCAUGUGCCACGGCACGGGCCCCGAGGAGCGCAAGACGCUGUGCGGAGACGGCGGCGCCGGUGCCCCCAAGAAGAAGAAGAGCAAGAAGAAGCCUCAGCAGCAGCAGCAGCAGCAGCAGCUGUCGCACCUGGACGCGGGCGGCGAGGACUCCAAGUCGCUCGUCGACCCGUCCAAGGACGGCUUCACCGUCGACCUGUCCCAGCUGGGGGGCGUCGCGUCCGGCCAGCACGGCCUGCUCAUCGACCCCGGCGGCGGCGGCGGCAAGGACCGCGGCGGCGCGAAGAAGAGCGGCGACGGCGCCAAGAUGGACAAGCGCGGGGCGGGGUUGAUGGAUCACGAGGGCGGCGGGGGCGUGGACAUGAUGGGCGACGACGGGGGCGGCGGCGGCGGCGGCGGGGGCGGCAGCGGCGGCGGAGCCAAGGGAGGGUCGCACAACUACGAUGGCGCGGCGCAGUUCCUCAAGAAGAAGCGCUUCAUCCAGGGCGGCGGCGGCAUGGGCGGCGGCAGUGGCAUGGGCGGCCGGGACUUCCUGCUGGGACUCGGGCCGCAGGGAGGACUCGUCGAUUCCGCCAUAGCAGGCGGGGUGCUGGGUCGCUGCUGGACGCGUCGCAGGCCAUGGGGCUCGACCUGAAGAUGCUGCAGGACAAGAACGGCGGCGGCGUGGGCAGCCUCCCCGACGAGGUGCUGCACACGCUGCUGGAGCACUACGCCAGCAAGGCAGACACCAACGCCGCGUUGCAGCGCCAGCAGCAGCAGCAGCAGCAGCAGUUUGGCCUGGGGGGGGGGCGGCGGCGAUGGCGGUACGGCCACGGCGAGCCCGGGCCUCUCCCGUGGCGACGCCACCACCACCGCCGCCGCCGCCUCCUCCUCCACCUCCUCCUCCUCCUCUUCCUCGCCCCCCGUGGCCGCGCCUAGCGGCGGCACCGGCGCCACCUCGUCCACCUCCCCGCCGGCGUCUGCGGCGCUCGCCGCCUCGUCAGGCGACAAGCAGAGCAUGA